AUGUCACGCCCAUCCCCGCGCAAAGUUCACCGCCGUAAGAAGGUGAUGCACCAUCGACAGGGCAGAGUGCGCAAGCUGAAAAGUGGGUCCUCGAACCUGGCAGGCCAGCCAGGUCCGAAUGGGAGUCAAGCACCUCGGAAGGCAAAGCAGGCAUCAAAACCCAGAAUAUCCGAGUCUGACGAUCCACUAGAAGAUAAUGUGUUUGAACGUACGCCCAUGCCAGCGGGUUAUUCUUUUGUCCCCAAGGGUGAUGUUUACAUCACUCGAAAGUGUCGGCUCAUGACCAAGGAGAUUGAUCAAGUUGUGUACAAGGUCUACAACAAAACAGGAAAACGGUCUUCCGGGAUCCGAGUACCCUCUGACAUCUACAAUGAGGUUCUAGCCAUGUCCAAAGAGACCGAAAAAUCUCGCGCCUCCGCCACUAGAGCCCGGGACACCAAAUUCCUCGACCAAGGACGAGAGCUCUUACGAGACCAAUUCCCGUUGAUGCCAGAGGAUACGCUCGAUAUCAUUAUGGAACAUGCCUUCUGCAAAGGCUCUAGAAGAGUAGGCCGUACUGGUACUCUCUCGGACAGUCACAAAGCCCAGUUGGCUGUCGAGGCUCAUGUUCGACACAAAUACACCCCUUACGAGGCUAUGCUUGCAAGUGGUGAGGAUCGAACGAUGGCCCGCAGAAAGGUCUGGGAUACUGUCCAAAUGAUCCGGAAGGCGUGGGAGGGGACUGGAUCAAAGAUAGAUGAGUGCUUGGCAUUGCGUUUGGGAUGA